CGCGCCGCUGCGUGCUCCGCCGCCGACUCCGGAGGCCUCACUAAGGACUCUCCGAGAACGUCCCUACGGUCUUUAAAUCGUGUGCCACCUCGGCCAGCGGCCAACCCCUCCCGGGCUAUUCACGUACCUGGAGAAAACGAUCCCCUCGCGAAGGGGAGCUCAGAGGCCAAAUCAGUUCUUCCUUUCACUUCUUACCCACACGGCGUGUUCCUACGGCCACCGGCCAAAAUGGCGGUGCUCAGCCGCCGCCUCGCGCACGCCUUAGGGACGUAGUGCGCGCGCGCGACAGAGAGCGACAGGCGGAGCCCUGGAGUUGGUCGGGGGAGACGGCGAGAACUGACGUCAUUGUGCUGCGACUCCAAUUGAACGUCUCUGGGAAAGCCGGGCAGUGCUGAGUGGGAGUGGCGCGGAGCUGCAAGGUAUCCUAAAAAGCUGGGUUGCGGCAAGCCGCGUCUGUAAGCUUAUAUUUUAAAAAUGACCACACCAAAUAAGACACCUCCUGGUGCUGACCCUAAGCAGUUGGAAAGGACUGGAACAGUACGGGAAAUUGGGUCACAAGCUGUUUGGUCACUCUCAUCUUGCAAACCAGGAUUUGGAGUGGAUCAGUUACGGGAUGAUAAUCUUGAAACUUAUUGGCAGUCAGAUGGCUCCCAACCUCAUUUAGUAAACAUCCAAUUCAGAAGAAAAACAACAGUGAAGACAUUAUGUAUUUAUGCAGACUACAAAUCUGAUGAAAGCUAUACUCCAAGCAAGAUAUCGGUCAGAGUAGGAAAUAAUUUUCACAAUCUUCAAGAAAUUCGGCUGGGUAUCAGACAGAGAGCAAACUUGGAAAAUGUGGUCCAGUGUAUUCACAGUUUCUGCCUUUCAUUCAGAUUCAUGAAACAUCGAAAAGAAGAAGCAUUUACCAGAUAAUAGGGAACUUCAGGCUUAAAUUUGGUUAAAUGGAAGUCAAUGUCCACAAUAUCCCAUAAGGUUUCUUUGAAUCAUUCAACAUCAUUUGUUUUUUCUUUGAAACUUUCUGUGUAGAGGUUAAUAAGAGUAAAUAUACACACAUCUUUGCUGAUCCUGGGUUUUUACCCAUUUCAGCUAUUUUUCAUCAAGAGAUAAUUUCAGGUUUGUUUGCCUCUGAAUUCCAUUCUGAAUUUCUUGACCAAUUAAAAUGUACAUUUACAUUUCAUAAUAAUUGCAUUAAACUUUAAAUUAUCAUUUCUUCUGAUUAUUGGGAUGAGAUUACUGACUACCUGGGACCAGUUAGUACAUUUAGUCACUAAGUCCAGUAGACCAUGAUGCUACUAAUCUCUCAAAUGUUCUACCCAAUUUGUUUAUCAGUUGUCUUAACCUUGUCAGUC